GCCGUGCUGAGCGACUCGCUGCACCUGUGCGCGCAGGAGGAGCGGCGCCUCCGCGUCCUCGCCUGCUUCAAAGUUACAGAAGAUGUUGUUCUAGAAGAUUCCUUAAGAGUUGGUAUUGACGGGUCCCUCCUAGGAUGCACUUACAAUGCGUUGUAUUGUCGUUCAUGUGGAGUCAUCCUGGGCUUCAAUCUUUAUUCUAGCUCCAGUGACCUGGCUUAUCUGCGAGGCUUCUUUUGUCUCUUCAAAGACUGCAUCCUCUGUUACUUCUUAACAACUAAAACCACAAUAGAUGGCUCGGAGAUGACCUUUCCUGCUUUGAACCUAAACAGAAAACUGUCAAAACUGAAGGAACAACUUGUGAUUAUCCAUGUACGCCUAGAAAUCCUGAUAAGGAGACUAGAAGAACUGAACUGGCAGAAUAUGGCAGAUAAGCAGGGAUGCUCAUCAAGGACAGCUUGCUUAAAGCCAGAGCGUGCACGAAUCAAGUCAAACAAUUAAUAUGCCAUUUUACCAGACUGCUGGAGCCAUUUGUGUAUUGGUGCAUGUAAUGAAGAAAACAGUCUGAUUGGUUUCAUUGUAAUGAAGAAAAGUCUGAAAUAUGCCUGUGAAUGUCAGGGAAAACUAUUGUGUUACUUAGUCCCUGUGUAGAAAGAACUGAUCCUGAAAUGUAUCUAAGACUACGGAAAUUCACUGGAUCUUGCGCAGUGAGAAACUCAUACUUGUGUCCAUGUAGAACUUCCAGCUUUUGAAAUACUACAGUUGAUACUGUGGUUCUUCCUAAGUCUUAGCCACUUCACAAAAAACAGCCUUUGAAAGCUGACUUUAGGGUCUUGAGACUGUUAGUUAAAAACAUGAACAGCUGGUCCUAUUCAAGAUCUGCUGUUAUAAAAUGUAUUUUGACAGGUGCCUAAAAGUCUACACCACCUCUUCAUGUAGAUAAAUUGCUCAUAACAGUUGGGGGUUGGUCUAGAUAUUUCCUUGAUAGGCUUGAAUGGGUUCUGCUCCUCUUAAAGCAUUUAAAAAUUAAUCAGACAUGGAAGAAGGUGGCAUUUUUUGCAGGAUAGAAAGAAGAGGGUCCUAUGACUUUGUCAUUGAUUUAUGAGCAGUAUUUCUUAUUUAUCGUCUUCCCUCAUUCACCGGAAAGAUUGCAAAUGCUUUCUUCUCCUCAAAGGUAUACUUUAGUGAAUUCAGUAGCUCCCUGAAAUGUGUUGGGUGCAGCGUGGGAAGUAUUUGCUGCGUUUAAUUCUAGUAAUGAGCAAAUUCCCCUUUCUUGCCCUGUGCAAAGGACUGCCAACCCACAUUGUUUCUAAUUUGAGUUGCUGAUGUGGGUAAUCCCUGCCCUUUUUUUUUUUUUUUUCAAUUAUUUUAGACUUCUCAAAAAUACCCAAUGAAUAUGCAAACUUCUAAAUGAGGUGGGCUGUGACUUGGCAAAAAGCCCCAUAUGAGUCAUCACAAUGGUGGCUUGGAUCAACAUAACCAGAAAAGCAGGACAUAAAUUUCUUAACUACUACUUGAAGCCUCUUGGACUGUUUAUGCUGGUUAAGCCAAAUAGCUGAGAAUAACCUAGAAUAUUAAAAGCUCUGUUUUAAGAUGCCAUCAAAUGCAAGGAGGGCAUAUUAGUCUUGUAUAUUACCUAGCAUAGUUUUUUUUUUGUUGUUGUUGUUGUAAGAUGGAUAACUACAUUGCACAACCUUAGGAGGAACUCACGUUGAAGUUAUGAGAGUAUUUCUCAGUGGCAGCUGAAUUAAUAGUUGAAAAUGAAAUCAAGACUAAUUAUUUAUUUGAAAAAAUGACAUUUUGUAUGAUAACUUAAAUUGUCUUGUAAUAGACAUCACUUUUGCUCUAAGUGCUGCAGCUGGAGCCUUCCUGACUAGACAGUUCUUUUAAUUAAAAUACUUUAAACAGCUUUGAUUUGUUCAUGAAAGAUCCAGAGAUUUACUGUAAUAAGGAACCAACUUGAAAGUUGCUUGGUCUGUGGAGAUGGCUGGACCCUGUUUAGCUAGCCUGGCUAUGUAUUUAGGACUAAUAUCACCCUUGAUAUUAGGUGAUAUGAAUAGGUCUUACUUGAUCUAUUGAUGGCACUGGGAGACUUGCACAAAGGUCACCUGGAAUAAUAUGAUCUCAGUGAUCAAACUUCAUUUAAAUUCAUUACUCGUUCAGCCUUCACUACAGCAUUCAACAUCACUCUCAAACACUGAAUUAUGGGGCUGCUUAUUUUUGCCCUUUCUUUCCUUACAGUAACUCCAGUUAUCUCCCAUGGACUUUAUGUUUACAUCCUGCUUAAGACCAAGUAUUUGUGUUUCUGAAUCAACCCACCCCAUCCUCCUUUUCCCUUCAAAGGGUAGGUUAAACCAUUCCUACUGCUUGUUUCUGUCAGUGACAAAGACAAGCUGUUAGUUAUGCCGGUUUGUUAUAAGUACAUCAAGUAGGUUCGAGGUGGCCAUGACUAGGCCUUUAAGUGUUAUGUUAACAGUGUACCUUUGCCAACUUUUACAUUUCCAGCUAGCUACCUCUCUAUUUCUUACCACUGGAAUAAGUAGCACAUGGGCUUGGGACUUUGAUUUUUUUUGAGCUGCAUGUCAACAUGUGGUAAAUAGCAUAAGACAACUACUUUCUACUAAUUGCAAACUAUACAUUAAUCUUCCUGGGAUUUGGUCAUCCAGCAUCUCUGUCCAGCUCAAGUGCAGAUGAGACCUAGUAAUACUAUUAAAUCCUGCUGUAUUCCAUAACUAAUAUGAUGCUUGAAAUUUUUCACAUAGAUGGGGGGAACAGGGAUUAAAACUUAAACUUGUUAAGAAAUCUUUCACUUGUCAAACUGAUGUAAAAUGAAUGCAGUGUCACCUGCCUGAGUCUACAGACAGUGUGACAAUAGUUUAGAGAUGGAUGAACUGUUACUAAGAUGGUGACUUGACCUAAAGAGGGCACUUAAUGUUGAUUUUAUUUAAAGCUAUUUUGUAGCAAACACUGGUGUCAAAUUUCAACCUUCUCAUCUGCUUUUUUUUUUACUUUACAACUGGUGAAUAACAUCUCAUGUCUUGUUUGUGGAAUUAAUCUUUCGAGAACUAGCGCAGAAUUUGAUCUUCUGUAACAAAGGGUCCUGCCGAACAAUCAGUUGUACUCUUCAUUGUGUGGUCUAGCUCUCUUUUGCAUAUUGAGUGGAGCAGGAACUAGAACAUAAGACUCCAUUCUCUCAGGUGAGUACCUUUGCCACAAGCUGAGCUUCUUCCUUUUCCCCCUCUCCCUGUGGUCUCUGGAUCAGUGACUAUAUAAUCACUACCUGAAAGUGGGACAGCUUUCACUGAAAGCAAAGACCCAGCAAAAAUAUCCUACAGCCUGGUGCUUAUGGUGUCUCCUAGCAGAUAGGAGACAUGGUUUCAUAUCUGCUUGGGUGGAGGUGGUAAGCCAAAUCCCUCACCUUGCUCAAAUGCUGUUGUCACAGAGCUGCUGGUAAAAGAGAAGGCAUCAGCACCACCAUACCCAUCAUCUAUCUUGGUUUGAAAGAAAGGCCUGAUGCCUCUGGUUUCUGAAAGAAAAAGCUUGGAUGUCUAAUUCCAGGAGAGGGUUCAAGCCUGUGAAUCCUGGGCUGCAGAAAGCAUUUCCCUGGGGCCCAGUGUGGCAGGCAGGAGAUAAGAGAGAUCCUCAACAUUUCCAAUUGGGUAGCUUUGGCAGUGCCCUACUGAGCAUGCUGGCUAUUGUAGAUCCCAUUCUCAGCUGCCAAACUUUCCUCAGGCAUUGGAUAUGGAACCUGGGCCCCUAACUCAGGCUGAGUUCUACUGUGACAGCAAGGCAUCUAAAUCCAAUUUCAAAGGCACUCGGACACAUACAGCAGUAAUCUGUGGCCCUUUGAAAUCUCAGGAUUAGUGGAGAGUCUUAAUGAUUUAUGAGGAAAGGCUGAAAGAAAUAGGAUUAUUUAGUUGAUAGAGAGAUUUUGAUAAGUCUUCAAGUACCUGGAGGAAGAUUAUGGAAAGGAUAGACCUGACCUCUCUGUGGCUGGGGGGGACAGAACUAGGAGCAAUGGCCCCAACUAGCAGCAGAGGAAAAUUAAACAAGAUUAGAAAGAACUGACUGUGAGGGUGGUCAAGCAUUGGAACAGGCUACCUAGAGAAGCUGUGGAAUCUCCAUCCUCCAAAAUUUUGAAAAGCAGGUUAGAUAGAUACUUGGCUGGGAUGGUUUAGUAGAAAGCCAGGUAGAUUUUCACCUUAUAAACUAACCAAAGUAGAGAUAUACACAUAGCACAAGCUUUUGUGUGCCAAAGUUCACUUCACAGGGAUAGCAGUCAGGGAUGAUCCUGACUACAGCCAGAUGCUGGACUUGAUAUUUUGUAAGGUUCUUUUCAAUUCUACUAUCCUAUAAUCCUACAUCUUACUCUUAAUAAGUUUAGUCUGUUAGGUUUUCUAGUGCAAUAGUAAUGGAUAGAUGAAGGAAUUUUUUUUUCUAAAUAUACAAUAUACACAGAACUACUACUUACAUAGAGAAAACCUCUGAAAAAUGCUUUUAGUCUGCAAGAGUUUUUAAAAAGUUUUGGUAAGGCUGUCCUGAAAACUCUUAAUCUAAUAAGGCUAAUACCUCUAACUAUUUGGAAUAAUAUUGGAUGAUGGCAUUUUUUAGAGGUGCUCAGCACCUGCAGCUGCUUGAAAUCACUUCUGAAAGGCAGCCAACAGGUGUUCACAUUUCCAUUAAGUGGACUGCCUUUCAUCCUUGGUGCCAAAUUGUUCUACCCCUGAAGACAAAAAUGAGCAGAAGAGUGUAGUGGCAUGUAAAUUAUAUGAAUAAACCUGGCCUGCAAAAUUGCUGACUUACCUGUUAGCUUAGCAUGCAGCAAACAUAAGCAUGGGUAUUUAGAUGCACAAAUAAUGCUACCAUUAAUCUUCCUAACUGGCAAGUCAUUUUUUCUUGUGUAUUUAAUAAACAUAUACCAACUGUAAUAAAAGAAAACUAAUAAGACAAACACUUAAAAAAUACCAGAAUUAGUUCUAGCACAACCUUAAUUUGGCCCCCUAGUGAACAGAUAACAUUCAGUUAUACACACAUACAAAUUGUACAACACCAAUGCCUCGUUCAGUGAACAUAAUAGAUCAAUGACUUUGUUCAAUGUCUUGGCCACCAGCAAGGUUGAAACCUAGCAAUCUGUUACACAGACCUCUACUUAAGAGGGCAAUAGCAAACAGUAGUAGAUUGUCAUCUUUUAUGCUGGCCACUCUGUAGGGCAGGGGUUUUCAACUGGGGAUACUUCUGAGGGCCUUAGUGGGUACUUGGCAGUGGGUGCCACUGUUGGUACUUCUGCUGCCAUGGUACGUUUGCCAAUUGGCUGUGGAGGACACUGCCCCCUGCUCAUUGACUGGCUGCUGGGGGAACACCCCCACCCCACCCCGGUCUGCUGCAGGACUCGUGCUUUCUUGACCAGCUGCUGGGGGUACAAUAACCCAAAAAGGUUGAAAACCACUGCUAUAGGGGACUGGUUCAAACAUCUGACACAGGAAUGGAGACCCCACAAUCUGGUUCCACUGCACCAGAGGCUCAGAGUUGGUAUGCUCUAAUUAAGAGAUUUCUGACCAUUUCUCCAAAUAUGCCCCCCCCCUUUGUCCUAUUCCAGUGGUGUUCAAGCUUUUUGCUCCACAGGGCUGGUUUUUGGACCAGAUCAAGCUCUGUGCACCAAGAUCAUGCCUGGGGGCCCAAUGCCAGCUCACCAAGCCACACCUGCUAGAGGCUCUGGUAGCCUACACCACCCACAUAUGCCAGGAUCAGGCACGUGAUCUAGCACACUGGGCCUGAGGCCCCACACACAUCUGGAAGUUUGGCAGCAGGAAAGCUACAGCUGCCAAAUUUCCAUACCUAUGAUAAGCCCAGUGGGCCAGAUGACACAGUGCCAGGGGUCACAUCUGCCUUGUGGACUGGGGGGUGAGCACCUCUGCCCUAUCUUAAUCCUAGCUCUUCCCUAACCUAUUCUCUUUAGUCAUUUCCAGUUCUCAUCACUCUUCAGAUCCCUCUUCCAUUUACCACUGUUCUCAGUUCCAGUGGCCCUUCAGCUCUCAAUAUUCCUCUCUGUCCAAAUUCCUAGUCUGUUCCCCUAUACCACAUUGCUCUAGCUCUUAUUUCUUUUGUAUGGACAACCUCCUCCAUCCUGUCUUGGCCCAGAGCUGAGGAAUGUAAAAGGUAUUGGGAGUGAGCACAGAGGACAGGCUUCCUUUUCUAAGACAAGAUGUCUGGAUCUGUACCAGACAGCCUGCAACAGACCAGAGGUAGAAACUUAUUUCCAAAGGCUUAUAACUUUGGCCACAUGUUCACAGGGAUGACAAAAGCUCCAACCCUAAAAGAAGACAGCAAAGCUUUUCAAAUAAGUCUUCCCUAGCGUGGGUCUUGGAAAAUACUUGUUUUGACUGAACUUUUCCAAAAUAGCUUGGCCUGGAACAGACAUUCAGCAUGCAAAUUCAGUCUAAGUGGUUGAAGUCCAGCAAAGUUAUAAGCAACUGAACAAGAUCUUACAGUGGUAAGCACCAGGCACUCCAACAGAUGGUGCCUUGCUUAUACAAAGAAGUUAGCCACAUUAACAAAUGACACAAUUAGGUUUUAGUGCAUUCUCAGCCCGUGCUGCUUUAUUGCUAAAAAAAUUUGUUUACAGGUGCAGAGUUUCCAAGUUCAUUUGAAACAGUUCCUCUAUACAAUGUCAAAAAGAAUAGAUUCUUCUUGAAAUCCCAAAGAUGCAUAGAUAUAAAAAACAAGCUGCCUUUUGGAAAACUUCAGUACACAGAGGGAGAAAUUAUUUUACUCUUACCAUGUAAAAUACACCGUGCAAUGGGAGUAAAUGGUUUCCAGUGUUACCACUAAAUUCCUCCACUGAUAUUUCCUGCACUUGGCAGUUGAGUACAGUAGAAAUGUGAGUAUACCAUCAAAAGUUCAGUACAGGAAAUCCUCUCUAACCUGGUUUCUAAGCCUUGGGAUAAAUUUAAAUUUUCUUUCAAGGAUUCUAUGUUAUCCCAUUGACAUUAGAGCUGAAGGCCAAACUUCGAAAUUUCUGCUCCUCACAAAAUAUAUUUGCAUUGAAGUCCUUGAGUAGCCUAUUCCUCCCUUUUGUUUAGAAAGGAAAUAAGCAAGUUUAAGUACAUACUCAACUUCUUACCUUUCCAUUAAAACAAUAUACUAAAACAGAAUUUAAAACUGAAAAGUCCUAAAGGUUAUAGUGGCACGGUCAACCACUGGCUUAACAUGUUUUAAUAAUCACUUUUUGCCUACAGAAGUUGGCUCAAAGGAUAUACUUCAUCCAUCUUCAGAUACUGUAAAAUAUCCAAGUCAUCCCUUAAUAUUCCUACCUUCAUUUGGCAACUACUGUGCAUCUAUAAACAAAGUGACAAUGAGAAAAAGAAGGUUCCCUCACCAACCCUGCAUUAAAGGGGUGUUGUGGAGACUUGCAUUAUGCCAGCUAAGGGUGCAGGCAAACAUAAAUCUGACCUGGAAUCCAUUCCUCCUGCCCCAGUUUUUGUGAGGAAAGAGGAGGAAACCUCAGUUCCAUGGAGGGAUUCUUGCACAAGUUAAAUCCUCCCACAAGGUUAGAUGGAGCUAUAAACAAAGUGAGAAAUACUGCAAAAUGAACUAAAAAGCUUAGGAACAUUAUUAGUUCUGGAUUCUGCUACAGCUAUCAUGACUUUUUCAUUCUCAACAGAAAAUCUCCACACCACCCACAAAGUGACUUGGGAGAAAUACUCUUUGCAGAGAACAUAGUGAACAAACAGAUGGCACCCAAUUUCCCUUAUGUUAGGAAGCUAGAGAUCACUACAUUUUUUUUUUUUAACGAAUGACAUUAUGACUGACCAGACUAUAAUCUGUUGUUGAAGAUUAGGACACUCAUCACCCCACCUUGAGCCAACCUCAUUUUAGAACCGUAAAAAAAUCUUGGUCAAAACUUAAAAUACACAAAUUUGCCAAUAUUUUCAGGUUCAUUCCUGCAGGAUGCCAUUAUUGCUGGUUGAUACCAGUAUGCUUCAGUACAGCUGCCUAUGUGGCUAAAGAGUUACCUGAAAAUACUGUCUAUUAAAAAGCUAUUCAACACCUGAAAUAUGUGCACUGUGCUUAUUGAUUUUAAUCACCUCCAAAGAAUUUACCAUAUCAGGCCGAGACCUCUUGCACCUAUUGUCUGGCAAAUUCUACAGUCGCUUAACUUUGAGGUCAGUUCUUUAAGUUGACCAACUUAAUUCUACUUUUGCCCUCCCAACACCCUGUGAGAAACUCUGCACCCUUCUGUUUGCUACAACUGCAGCAGCUGAGAAACCUCACCUCGCCACUAAACACGCUCGGUUCAGGCCCUGCUUUUUUACAUGCUCAGGGCAUUAGUGUGAACCAGGUAAGAGGUUAAAAAGGCGAGUUCUGCUGAUCCUUGUUCCUGAUAUGCAGUUUUGGUGCCAUGCUUCUGUCCCUAUUUGUACAUUCUGCCUCUUUCUCUACAGAGGCAGUGCAUUCUCUAAGAACAAAAUUUGAGAAUCAAAGCAGUAAGUUCAAGCUAUUGGUAUAUUAGUUCCUAUUGCUUCAUUAUGUAUAAAUGCAUAUCUCAAUUUACUGGUAAUAACUACAUAACACUAAACAUUUUGAAUCAUGCAUAAGUAGAAUACUAGCUCUAAGACUUGGUUUGUGGGCCUGUGCUGCCACUCUUCAGCUUGUCCAUGCAGCUCACUAUGCAUCUGGCUUCACAAACCAGCCCUCUUUUAGUUGACCUGCAAACACAUACUUAGUUUGGGGAGAGAGCAGAAUUUACAUAGGACACAAGUAAGAGAAAGUUAAAACGUGAUUACCAAAGAUAAUGGGCAAGCCUCAGAAAAUCCAACUGUACUGUGACUUGGUAUGUAAGAGAAGUGAUGUUUCCUUUGCUUACAUACAUUUUUUUCUAAAGACAUGAAUCGGGAGGAAAUGCAAAGAGAAGUGAAGGAAACUGUGUGCGUGUCAGGGAAGUCUAUGGAUAGUAGCAGCAUAGAACAAGAUAACUAAGUUCCAUUGCUGGCUCUUUGUGCUUUAGUCUCGGGAGUACUGUGGAAGUGGUAUCCUGAACCAUCAGAACAAAGAGUUAACUUUGAACUGCCCAUCAUAUAGCCUUCUGUUUGAGUAAAGACUCUAUCAGCAGGCUUUGAAGAAAAACUCAACCAGUCUCCAUCUCUGGUUGACAGAAGUUACUGAAAGUAAAGGUUUUAAGAAUGGUGCCAGAUUCUGUCAGAAGUCCAGCUUUCCCUUAACAACUCAAAAAUACCUCCAAAAGAUCCCACAAAAUACCCUACCAAUGCUGCAAUCAAGGUAAAUCCUAUUUAAAGCAUCUAUCUCCUGAACCUUGUGCCACUGCUCUCUGCUCAAGAAAAUUGUAUUGCAAAGAUUCCUUAGUGCUGAGAAGGUUCUUAACUGAUAAGCAUCUCCAACAAUAGUUGCAGUUCACAGCACAGUACUAGCUAGAACUUCUUCAUCAGCCCUACUGGACCAGAAAGCAGUCUACACACUUACAAAAUAGACUUGAUCCCGCUAAAAAGGUUGGUAUUAGCAUGGAUGUUACUUGUUUGAUAUCUUGAAAUAAACUGGGUAUUGUCUGAAAUUUCUGCUUAGUUUUGUAAGCAAUGAAAGUGGGGGGGGGGGGGGGAAAUCACAUCACAGCUCUGCAGCCUUAGCCCAGCAGGAUUUCAGGAAUGGGUGCUGUGAGAAAUCUUUGGACCUGUACUCUACUAGUCCCUGGAACACAGCACAUCAGAAAGGCUGAACUGGCAGCAAUAAGCAGAUGUUCAUUCACUCACCCCCUGCCUACCCUUUUCAUUGAAACGGCAGAAUAAUAAUACCCAGUCAAGUGAAGUACAUUUCUGAGAAGUGAAAUUAGUGUCUUCAUUAUUAUGACAGUCUACUUCCCAAUCCUUUCCUUAAAUUUAUAAAGACUGGUAUAACACUAUACUACGUAGAGAACAUGAUCAAGUUGGUAUCUCCUUUUGGUCUGCUAAUUUUGACAAUAAUUUAAUGGCUGGAAUUGUUACCAUGUUUCAAAAUCACUGAUAUUUUCAUAUGCAAGACUAAUACUAGGUAUGUACUACUUGCUAGCACCUACUUAUAUAUUCUUACAUUCAUCUUGGAUGCAUCUUGGUUACAUUAAAUGAGACUGGAGAGACCCACACUUAGUCCCAACAGGGGUCAUGUUAUCAACUAGUGAGAAGUCAAAAGCCUCUAUUUAACUUACUAAAAACGAAGCAAAUUGUAGACACCCCUAGAUUAAAGAUUGUGGUAUAAAAUAUUCAAUCCUGAUUGAAGAAAUCAAGCCACUUGGAUAACUAUACACUUUGGUUUAAUAAUUCAGUUCAGGAUAGAGCAUUACCUGCAGAGCUGUAUCACUUCUGCAAGCUAUGCAUUGAUAAAGAAAAUUGGGUCAGCUGUGGGCUGUAUUUUAAAACUCCAUGGGCUCUUUUGAAUGCUUCUCUAGCAGAUGGUAAAAACCAUGCCAAGCACAAUUUACUACAUAUCGAUUCCCCUUUGCCUUAUCAGAAUGCCUAAAACAACUGGCUUUGCAAAAUUUAAAGUAUGAACAGAAAAUGGCCACAGCCUAAAAUGGAAGUGUUUAGCAGGUCUAGAGCUAAAGGUCAAUGAAAAAGAAAGACAAGGAAUUUGUAGAGACAAAUCCUGUAGUUUUGUCCCUGCAGUCUAAGGGUUUGGAGUGUGUUUCCCAAUAAUUUCUCAUUUUGGGACCUGUGAUAUCACUACCUGGUAUCUCUCCACGCCUCCCAACCCACCUCCCCACAAAAAUAUCAGAACCCUUUUCUAUUAAAAAAAAAACUUCAAAGUCAUGAUUUCUGACUAUGGAACCUAGUUCUUUUCACAUCAGCACCUGAAUGGGUUUGGUUUCCUCUCCAGAGGCACAACACAUGCUACCCAACAAAAUAAGCAAACUGGGGAAAAAUCAGCCAUUUGUUUACACACAACUGCUUGCUCUUCCCCAGUAUGCACCAGUUCAGACAGGAUACACAGUUAUCCAGGUUUUUAUAUCAGGCUCCUCACCAAAGUGGGCAAGUACCAAACACUUUCCAAUGAUAGGAGCAGUAAGAGGAAUUCUCCCAUCUAGUUAAGAAGAAACAUUUCUUUUCGUGCAACCCCCUGCAACACAGAACGCCACAAACUUAUUUGGUUAUACCCACUUACUUACUCUACUGUACAGUCUUGCUAAUGCAAGUUAGUAACUAUUACAUGCAAAAUAAUUAUUGCUACUAAAGUUCUAUUUUCUUAUUAAAUUAUUUUAUGGCUUUGUUUGCAUUAGGGAUUCCCCCCUACCUCCCACAUACUGUGCUAUUUGCAUUCCAGUUUCAGAGGUAUUUUUCAUCAAUUGAUUCUCCCAAGCACUAAACUACUUGAUUCAAUGGUACAGCUACUUUUGUUCAGAUAUCCCCAGAGCUGUGCUGUAAAUGGCCUGCUUGCCAAUUUUAUCUGGAGACAUGGAAUAUGCAGAAUUUAGUUUUUGUUACAGAAAUUACCUCUGCAAGGAUCACCCGCUUUGCAUCUCCAUGCAUGCUUCCCAUUUAAUUAAUUUAGACACACAUUAGAUCAACUCAGAAACACAAGAUGCCCAUCCUCUCUCCUCAAGGUGGCCAUUUACUUGCAGGACUCAAGAAAAAAGAUGCAGUAUCCUCCCUCUCUAAGCUGAUACCAAGUUUUGUUCUUUUUCAAAACAGUGGUGGUUGAAAAGCAAUACUGACACCAACUAAAAUGCUAUAUCAGGAAAUCAGAUAAAAAUCAUGUACAAAUCACUGUCCCUUGCUUUACUGGUUUAAGCUACCUGUUUGAUAAACUAUUUAGACUUCACCUAACUUAACAUCUCAUUCUCCGACUGUACAGAGAGAGAAAGAAACAAACUACUGUGUGAUCAAGAGUUCAUAGCUGGAAAAAUUAUAAAAAUCCACAGUCUAGGCUUUUCAGCAAUAUAUACAAACAUCCUCAGACAAAAUGGGUGGACAGUAUCACAAAACAAUUUAACUAUAUUGAUAAUUAACUAAACAUUAGCUUUGUCACUUUUUAUUCGUUCUGCAAAAUGCACUACCCAGAUGAAUAAUUAGUGCAGAUUACGAUACCCAAGAAGGGGUAACAGAGCUGCUAAUAAAAUAUGCCGUCUCUUUAGGAUGUACACAUUUUUGGCAUGGCAGAUGCAAUGGGUAUGCAAUGGGUGCAUGAAGAGGAAGUUCAUGGCUGAUCAGGAUUAAAAGAGUUCCCUCUAAAAUUACAAGAUAGCAUGCCAUUCAAUACAGCAAGCAUCAUGGAUUUGCCAUGUGAUUCACCUCCAAUAACCUGACAGAUGACUAGUUUGGAUGCCAGCAAUGAAGUGAUUCUCAACUUAGCAUCCCUCCAUAACUUCUUGGAAUAGAGUGGUACCCCAAGUCAAUAAUUUAUUUAUUGCAACAUUUAAAUGGGGAGAGGAUGCGUAGAGGAAAUGAGCUUUUGGCUCCCUGUAGAGCAGUGGGACAUUCAUGAUCUUACCUCCUCACACUGAAGCCCAUCCUUAGCUCCUCCUGAGGGGAGUGGGCGGGGUGGGAGAGGAGUUACCCAGUGGCUCACAGCACCUCAGGGUGCCAAGGCACCCCUGUCAAGAAUCACUGGUCUACUGUAUAGCUUGGACAGACUUGCAACAAGAAGUCAACCACAUUUUCCAUGAAACCCACCAAAUAAAAAAAAAUCUGCUUCCAAAGAUAGAAUCGUCACUAUCACUGGCAAGGAAGGAUACUGCAUCUUUAGCUUAUGUUCAUGACAUUUUUACUGUAUCCUUUCUAUUGUUAAUUACAUUAUUGUUUAUUAUUGUCAUUAAGAAUUUGUCUCUCUGAAAUUGUAAAAAUACUACUAGGCUCAUGCACUGAUCCUAACAUGGCACUACAGUUUGCUACGAAGCACUAAUGCUUAUGGAACUAUACACAUCUCAAAAUGGAAGACAUUGGUGAUUUUGUUGUUUUCAAACAACUUGUAACAUCAUUUUGUCCACAAGUAUUAAAAUAUAUAUGUGUGUGUGUGUGUGUGUGUGUGUGUGUGUGUGUGUACGUGUGUGUGUGUGUGUAUAGAUAUAGAUAUAUAUAUAUAGAUAUGAUCUAUUGCACAUGCCCCUUAUUUUUUAAUCUUUCAUACAAGACAAUUUCCAACCAACAUGGAGAAAAAAAGCAGAGCAUGAUGUAACGCCAAAAGGCUGAGGCGGCAUUUCCUAUCACGACAGUUUUAUGAAGAAACUGGCAGGAAGAGUGCUACAGUGGGGACUCUUGAGUGUACGCUACCAGAGUGUUCCUUCUGUGACAGCCACAGAACUUCAGCUCAAUUAAUAAUUUACCUUAAUCAAAUGG